UGUAGAGAGGCAACUGCUUGUACCGCAUCACGAGCUUCACACACAGUCUAUCACUGUAUCAAUAGAAAUAUUUCAGCAUCUAGAUACUAUUUGUACGAUUUUCAAAUAGAUCAACAUGAACAACGUCGCCCUUAUCGGUGCUACUGGCAACCUUGGUCCAGCUAUCCUCAAACACCUGCUCAAGGCAGGCUUUCAAGUUACUGUUCUUACCAGGGAGGGUACCAACCACGAGUUUCCACCGACCGUCGCAGUCAAACACGUCAACUACGAUUCGAUUGAUUCUCUUACGGCUGCUUUUCAAGGCCAAGAUGCUGUCGUUUCUAAUCUCGGAUUCGAGGGCCUCCUGAAGCAGCAACGCAUCAUCGAUGCCGCAAUAAAGGCAAAUGUCAAGCGGUUCAUCCCCUCGGAAUUCGGAUCUGACACAACGACCCCGAAGACCGCUGGUCUGGCCGUCUUUGCCGACAAGAUUGCUACGCAAAAAGUGCUAGAAGAGGCGGCGGCGAAGGGAGCCAUCACUUACACCAACAUCAUUAAUGGACCAUUCCUAGACUGGGGAAUGCAGGUUGGCUUGAUCCUCCAACCGAAGGAGAAAAGCGUAACGCUUUACGACGGUGGUGAGCGUCGCUUCAGCACAACAACGCUGGACACCAUUGGAAAAGCUGUCGCGGCCGUACUGAAAAAGCCUGAUGAGACUAAGAACCGAGACGUCUUUAUUCAAGACGCAGCGCCGACGCUCAAGCAACUCAAGGCCAUAGCGGAAAAGGUCACGGGCGCCGCUUGGCAAGCCAAGGAAGUGUCUGUUGAGAAGGAAGUGCUCGCUCCUGCCUUAGCCGAGCUGAAGAAGGAGAAUCCUGACCAGGGAAAAAUAGCUUACCCCUUGAUCAUUACAUCGAUCUGGGGAGAGGGAUAUGGCACUCCCUUUUCAAAGCUGGACAAUGAGUUGCUGGGACUGAGGGAACUUACGGAGCCUGAGCUCGAAGCUGUCGUAGCUGCUGCUAUCAAAUAGGUCAUCUUUGCAGUGCUGGAGGUCAAGUUAGAUGCCUAUGUUGAAUCGUGUUAAGUAGUCUUCAAAUGGUAGUCUUUACUGGGCAGUGACCGACUCAUACGACCGAAGCUGGUCGCGGAAUAAACCUGGAAUUGGAGCGCCCAUCCCAUCGGAAUUAAACCAAAGUUCCAUUGA